CACAAAUUCUCUUUCUGUCUACACGAAGCUCACUCUCUCUGUUCCGCUUUUGCUCGGAGGCUUUUGGUCCAUUCUCUCUCUCUUUGCUUCCCUCUGUGCCAUCUAUUUUCUGGAUUUGGGAACUCAAAAAUUUUGGCUACAACUUUAUUCAACCUGUUCACAAGUAGUUGAGCAGGAAGGCAUCGAUAGUGAUGGAUCUGAUGACACUGUUUUAUGAGUUAAUGACCACCACAAUAAUUUUGGUGACAUGGCCAUUCUGGCUUUUCAAAGUGGCAUGUUUUUUUGGCAUGAAAACUGUUUUCGUUAUUAUUCACACUUCGAUAGAGUUGGUAAGCGCUGCAAUCUGCUUCCACCUGAGUCUACUCUCCAGAGCCAUAAUUUUGACAGUUGCUCUUAUAUCCCUGCCAGCACAGAUUUUGAAUGCCUUGCAGAGAGAGAAGCAGCUCGAACUGUAUCUGCAUGAUAUGCAGAUUGAAUUGGAGAAUCUUGUGUGGGAUAGGAAGGAAUUGCAAGAACAUCUUCAAACAGCCAUGAAAGAGGGUAAAAUGAUGGAGUUGAUAUUAGCAGAGCUUGAAGAGGAAUAUGACAAGGCCAUUGCCAAAAUUGAACAAUUAGAGGGUGAGUUUCAGGAUUUGAAAAAUGAGAAUCUUUGGCUGAAAGAAAUUCAGGCUAAGGAAUAUUGGAGAAGUAAAGGUCCAGAUGACACAGGCAAUGGCCAAAACAGUGGCCUUUCUGACAACCAUGGCAUUCCCUAUGGGAUCCCAUCAUUGAAAUCCAGUGGUAUCUUUCUCCAAGACCUGAUGAUGCCCAAAGACAUUUGGGGUGAUGAGAGCAAAACGAAAACAGAGUAUCUCAAUUUCAUAAAAGCCAGAACAAAAUCUUGUGGGUCUACCCCACCAAUUAACCCUGAAAUCAUCACCAGACAAGCAGAUGUGAAUGGAGUCCUUGACAAACGCAGGGAGGCUGCACUUUCAAAGAGCGUUUUCAGUGCGGUAUUAUCGCUUUUGGUUGGAAUGAUUAUCUGGGAAGCUGAAGACCCUUGCAUGCCCCUUGUGGUUGCCCUUUUCACAGUAGUCGGCAUGUCGUUGAAGAGUGUAGUUGAGUUCUUCUCCACCAUAAAGAACAAACCUGCUUCUGAUGCAGUCGCACUCUUAAGCUUCAACUGUUUUAUUCUUGGCAUGCUUACCUACCCAGCACUGCCAAGAGUUGCCAGAAUGUUGGCUCCUGUGUCUGUGAGAAUUAUGGACCAAAUGGUGGGCUUGCUUUGGUCUCUCCUUUCCCUAGCUUGAAACUGCUUGGCUCUUUUUUGCUUUGUACUUAUCGUGUACAUGUACCAUAGACCUUGGACCAUGAAGUUUGUUUAUUGUGGCAAUGCUCUUUAUAGCUUGUACUAUAGAGGUUGUCUACUCCUUUUCUGUAUUUUUAUCUAAGGUUAGUGAAUUUCUGUGGUAGGUUUUAUGUUGGCAAA